GGAUUUGGUGGUUGUUGCCGCGAUGGUAAAUAUUGCCGCGUUUUAAGCCGACCACAACACACUGCUGACCCCGAGUCCUGCUGUCUCAGAGGCUCCGGCAAGCGGGGAGGAAGUGUUGAGGGGCAGCUAUGCUGCCAUACUGUCCUCCAAACACCACUGCCUGGAACAUAUGGCACGACCAUGGUGUGUCACAGUGCUUCCUGGAGACCAUCUGCACAUCGGUGCCAGCUGGUGUGCUGGUGCUCCUUGGCUCCUUUGAGAUCAUCUUCUACCGUCGUCAUGCCACGGCGCUGGAGCACUACAGCCGACCCAAGUCCUGGCUGUUUAAGCUGCAGGUGGCGGUGACGCUGCUGCUGGCGCUGCUGGCGCUGCUGCGGCUGUUGCUGCAGCUGCUGGUGCUGUACGGCGGCCGGCUGGCCGGCUUCCAGGUGCUGUCGGCCGUUCUGGGCAGCAUGACAUGGCUGCUGUCGCUGCGGUUGAUCAUGCUGGAGCGCGGCUUUAUGCUGCCUACGGUGCCGGUACGCGGCCACGGUCUGCCGCUACUGCUCUCCUGGACACUGCUGCUGGCCGGACAGGCCGUCAUGGCCGUCAACGUGCGCAGCGCAGACUGGUGGUUCAAACUCAGCAGCACGUCUGACUACGUGGAGGUGACCCUGUACGCCAUCCGGCUGUCCGGCUGUCUCUUCCUCUUCCUGGUCGGCUUCAGGGCUCCCGGCAUCGCGUGGGUCGAGGACUACAUCCCAUACCAGCGCAAUGUGCAGGGCCAGAACAACCCGCGCGCCGCCGGUGGCGCCGCCCGGCGACAGCCCGGCGAGGCUGCGUUUGUGGCGGCAGAGGGCAGCGCGUGGCGCGGUACGUGCGGGAAGCUGGCUCGUCUGCUGCCGUUCAUCUGGCCGCGCCGUGACGUGGGUCUCCAGCUGAUCGUCAUCUUCUGCAUGGCGCUUCUCGUCGGCACGCGCGUCAUAAACGUCUACGUGCCGCUCUACUACAAGUACAUCGUGGACGGCCUGACGGAGACGGCCGGUCACCCGCGGCCCGUCUUCCUCUGGCAAGACAUUCUGGUGUACGUCGGUCUCAAGUUCCUCCAGGGUGGCGGCGUCGGCAGCAUGGGCGCCCUCAACAACCUGCGCGGCCUGCUCUGGAUCAAGGUGCUGCAGUACACCGAGCGCGAGGUCCAGGUGGACCUGUUCGCGCACCUGCACCAGCUGAGCCUGCGCUGGCACCUGAGCCGCAAGACGGGCGAGGUGCUGCGCGUCAUGGACCGAGGCACCUCAUCCAUCAACUCGCUGCUCAGCUAUCUGGUCUUCCAGAUCCUGCCCACCGUGGCCGACAUCACCAUCGCCAUCACGUUCUUCAGCGCCGCCUUCAACGCCUGGUUCGGCCUCAUCGUCUUCAUCACGAUGCUGCUCUAUAUGGUGUCGACGGCCGUUAUCACGGAAUGGCGCACCAAGUACCGGCGCCAGAGCAACCUGCUGGACAACGCACAGCGCACCAAGGGCGUGGACUCGCUGCUAAACUACGAGACUGUCAAGUACUACGACGCCGAGGAAUACGAGGUCAACCGGUACCGAGACGCCAUACUGGAGCGCCAGCGGGUGGACUGGAAGUCACUGGCGUCGCUGAACCUGCUGAACGUGGUGCAGAACGUAGUGAUCAACGGCGGCCUGCUGGCCGGCUCGCUACUCUGCGCCUACUUCGUCGCCGACAACGGCACCCUCACCGUCGGCGACUACGUGCUCUUCUCCACCUACAUCGUGCAGCUGUACGCGCCGCUCAACUGGUUCGGCACCUACUACCGGAUGAUCCAGCAGAACUUCAUCGACAUGGAGAACAUGCUGGACCUGCUGAAGGAGGAGGAGGAGAUCAGCGACCUGCCGGGCGUGCCGCCGCUGACCGUGCGCGAAGGUCGCCUUGAGUUCCGUAACGUCUCCUUCCACUACCAGCCGGAGAAGCCGAUACUGCGCGGCGUGUCGUUCUGCGUCGAGCCUGGCGCCACCGUCGCCCUGGUGGGACCGUCGGGCGGCGGCAAGUCGACCGUCAUCAGGCUGUUGUUCCGCUUCUUCGACGUGACCGACGGCCGCAUCAUGCUGGACAACCAGGACCUGAAGUGGGUGCAGCAGCGCACGGUGCGGCGCGCGAUCGGCGUCGUACCGCAGGACACCGUGCUCUUCAACGACACGAUCAGGUACAACAUCCGCUACGCUCGCAUGUCGGCCACGGAGGAGGCAGUGGAGGAGGCGGCGCGCGCCGCCGACAUGCACGACAAGAUCGUGUCGUUUCCGGACGGGUACGACACUCUGGUGGGCGAGCGCGGUCUGAAGCUCUCCGGCGGCGAGAAGCAGCGCGUCGCCAUCGCGCGCACCCUCCUCAAGGCGCCCAAGUUCAUCCUGCUGGACGAGGCCACCAGUGCGCUGGACACUCGGACCGAGCGGAACAUCCAGGACUCGCUGCAGCGCGUGUCGGCCGGUCGCACCACCCUGAUCGUCGCCCAUCGACUGUCGACCAUCGCACACGCCGACCAGAUCCUGGUGCUCAAGGAGGGGCGCAUCAUCGAGCGCGGCAGGCACGACGAGCUGAUGGAGAAGAACGGCAUGUACGCCGGCAUGUGGCGUCAACAGUCCGAGAUGGCCGACCGGCGCUCGCGCCGCUCUCCGGACCGGCAGCAGCGCUCCCCGGACCGGCAGCGCCGCGAGUGGGCGCCGUGGGAGGCAGCCGUACUGUAA